AUGCACAAACCGCCGUCGCCGCUCAAGCAGUCGCAGCCAGCACUGUACCCACCACCGCAUGAGUCCCACCUCGUGUGGACCCACCCGCACCCGUUCGGGCCAGCACUCGCCGUCGACCCGGCCUCGUCCUCCUCGCCGUCGACCUCGUUCGGCGCGCCGCAAACACCGCCCAGGUUCUGCGCCUCGGCAGGCGCGUUCGCCCUCCCCGGCAUCGACGAGGCGACGACGACGAGCCGCACCGAGCGCACCCGCAACCCGUCGACCGAGUCGUCGUCGUUCCCGUCGCACGCCUCGCUGUCGUCGUCAAAGGGCUCGUUCGACGACUCGUCGUUCGCGUCCGACUCUCCGCCCGACUCGCUCCCUUCGCCCUCGACCUCGCCCGACACGAGCCUCGGCUCGUCCGCCCUCCUCGCCGCGGCCGCCGCACCUCCCUCCUCCUCCUCCGCCUUCGCGCUCCCACGUCCCCUCGUCCCUCCGCCUCUCCGCCGCGCCACGUCGUGCACCUCGCCCAUGCAGUGCGACCCGGCGGCGGCCCCGACGCCGCUCCUCGUCGGCCUCGCGAACCGCGACGACGACGUCGACGAGGCCGAGCGCCUGCACCACGUCGCGUUCGAGCAGCUGCGCUCGGCGACGCGCGACGAGGAGGAGCACUUUGUCGAGCGCAUGCGCCGCUGGGAGGCGGCGCGUGGGGACCCGUUCGCUGCCGAGCCCGUCGGCCUCCUAGACGUCGACGUCGACGACGAGGACGAGGACCUCGCUCUCGACGGCGACGGCGACGACGAGGUCGAGGUCAUGCUCGACCUCGGCACGGCGGCGCCCCAGCGCCACCUGCCACCGCCGGCCGUGAGCCGCGCCGAGCUCGACGAGCUCGCGCGCAGGCUGCAGGCUGGCGCGUGCGAGCUCGAGGACUAUGCGCUCGUGCGCGAGGUGCAGGCCCGGUCGCGCUCGCACAGCGCCCGCGUCUGA